ACAAGUUGUAAUUUACAUUUGAAAUACAAUAUAUGUAUAAAUUGUAAUAUUAGGUAGAAAAAAUGAGAGAAAAUUUUGAGGAGGUUGUUAGUGAGGCCACUAAUAGCAGUAACUUGCAGUUUUGGAAAGCCAUUGGGAUCUGGACGAGAAAUCCUCAUAUUAUUAAUCGUCGGAUUCUAGCAUCCCAAGAGCUAUUAACGGUCCAAGUCAGUUGUAAUGUUGUGAAUAUUUUUGAACAUGUUGAAAAGCUGAAAAUCCAGCCUGAAGAUUUUGAGUGUGACUCAUCCUCGGGCGAUAUAAAAUGUUUAUUAGACACUUUAGGUAUUGCAGAAUAUUGCCAAGUUCAAACACAGUAUACAGAUCCAAUCGAGUCUAUGAAUGAUGAUAAGAUUUAUUUAUGCGUGAAGAAGCUGUUGCCUCGAAACACACAAAUAUUCUCGCCUACGUUGGAACUGGUACUUGUUGACAAAGGAUCGGUUAGUGUUACCAGUUUCUACAAACCGAUUGUCCUAGGUAAACAAUCUUUGGGUCUGAAUACAAUCUACAGGAUACAACAUCGCGAGUAUGCAUCUACGUGUAUAAAUGUUUGUAAAUCGGACAAUGAUAAUUAUGGCAGAAGCUGCGAUUGGCUCAAGUCUAAGUUCUUUCCACGGUUCUUGAAAUGGAUGGAUAGUGAGAACGAUAGCGUCGGUCAAAGAAUCAGUUCCCUUAGUCUCAUUUCCGUCGAGAAGUAUACUUUGCUCUACAAUCGGCUGAAAGACAAGUACGGCACGCGAAUGGUAAAUGUGUGGCCUGAGAACACUGACCCGUUCAAGUUCGUCUACGAGGACGUCGCGAUUGCUACUUACCUGUUAUUACUCUGGGAGAAGGAGAGGCUAGAAAGGAAGACACAGAAGCUGCAGUCAUUUGUCGAUCUUGGUUGCGGAAACGGCCUUCUCGUCUAUAUCUUGUCUAGCGAAGGUCACGCAGGGACAGGGAUUGAUUUGCGCAGAAGAAAGAUCUGGGACUUAUUUCCAGAGAGCACUCAUUUACAAGUUGAUACAAUCGUUCCUUCCUGGGAUACAGUCUUUCCUAAUGUAGACUGGAUCAUAGGGAAUCACUCGGACGAGCUUACCCCAUGGAUUCCCGUGAUCGCUGCGCGAAGUUCCUAUGAGUGCCGAUUCUUCUUGCUACCGUGUUGUGCCUAUGAAUUCGAUGGUAGCAAGUAUCGACGGUGCAACGCUGCCGAAAGCCAGUACUCAGAAUACAUGUCCUACGUUAAAAGCGUUUGCGAGGGCUGCGGCUUCCUCACAUUAGUGGAUAGAUUGCGAAUCCCAUCAACUAAGCGGACCUGUUUCGUCGGAUGGAAAAGAACUUGUGCGAAGGAGAAUACCACGGCGCUAGAUGCCGAUAUUCAGAGGAUCAUAAAUGCAAGGUCUCAGGUAGAGAGUUCAAGAACUAAAGCGGGAGACGGCGAAUUGUGGUCCACGAGCUUCAAACCGAGGGACUCGACAGAACAAACAAGGAAUUGCACGCAGUUGGACAAAGGACUGAUUCUCGAGAUUGUCAAUGUAGUCGUGGCACAUCUUCUCCACGUGAUUCGCAGGAUAUCGUUGGAGCGGAAACCCGGUAAAACGUGGAACGCCGGUGGACAGAUCGGCAUCGGUGAGAUGGCGAAGCUGAUCGCGCCCGAGAUGCUCCAGCAGCUGCGAAACGAGUGUGGCGGACUACAAACCUUAUUGAAGAAUCACAGUCAUAUUUUCUGCGUCGCUCAGGGAAAGGUGCAGUUUAGGAUUCCUGGCACCGUUGACAAGAAAAAAAAGAGGAGGAAAAACGGAAAUGCUAGCGCACCUUUAAGAAAGGUGAAGCCUUGUUGGUUUCACAAGAACCAUCCCGACGGAUGUCCUGCUCUCGAAAUCGACUGUGACUUUCAACAUUGAGAUCAUCUGUUGUUUUGUAGUUCUAUACCACCGAGUUUUAUGUUGUACUUAUCUAUGUUGAAUCAAACGUGCAUGUAACAGUGCGUUUUAUUUUAAAUAAAAGAAAAUAAAUGUCGAUUGUGUCGAUGCUAAAAGGA